GCCAACCUUCUCAUUCCUUUCUUUUUUCCUGCUUCAGUACUUGUUUUUCUUCUCACUUUCUUUUCUCUACCAGCUUUCUUCAUUGUUGAUCCAUGGCUACUGAGCCUGUUGCAUCAGAUCAUCUCGCCCCUGCUGAGGUGAAGAAAGUUGAAGCAGAGUGUGAAUCAGCAGAAGCAAAGAUAGAGGAGAAGAAAAUUGAGGGUGAUGUCAAAGAUGGUGUUGCUGAUGAGCAGCCUAAAACUGUUGCUGAGGAAAAGGUUGAGGAUAAGGAAGUCGCGGUCGAUGAUGUGAAGGCUGCUCCGGAACCUGCUCAAGAGAAGGUCGACGAUAAGAAGCCGGUGGAAGAGGAAUCAACGAAAGAGAAGCUUGAUGAUAACAAGCCUGCUGAAGUUGAAUCAACUCAAGAAAAGGUAGAUGACAAGAAAGUCGAGGAUGUUCCAGUGGUCGAAGCAGAACCGGAGCCUGCUCCUGCUGAGAAGCAAGUGGAGGAAAAGUGUGUUGAGGAGUCUAGUGAAGUGAAGCUGGAGGAGCCAGCAAAAGUGGUUGAUGAGCUGGCUGAGGUUGUUGAGAAGAAAGAGGAAAAGGCCGAAGAAACGCCUGCUCAAGUGGUCGAAGAGGCAGUUGAGAAAGUAGAGAAAGAGGCUCCACCGGCCGAACCUACUGAAUGUUCUGCUGAGCCAGCCAAAUCUGAAGCUGAUCCGGUCACCAAAAUCGAAGAAAAUAAAGUUGAAUCGAAUGUGACAACAGAAGAGAAGGCUGAUGAGGCUGAGAAGAUUGAACCAAAAAGUGAUGUGGCUGAAGAGAAAAGUGUUGUGGCUGAAGAAUUGGUAGAGACUGAGGCAAAGCCACAAGCUGAAGCUGUCGAAAAGGCCUGUGGAGACGAGGCGACACCCAAAGACAUCAAACCGGAGGAGACGACAAAGGAAGAGGAGAAAACUGGUGAAGAGAAACAAGUUGAUGAGACAGUAAAGGAAAGUGUUGAAACUAAGGUGAAGACUCAGAAGCAGUCUCUUGUUAAGAUCGUGAAGCAAUCGCUGGUGAAGGCGAGGAAAGCCAUCACUGGGAAAUCAAAGACGCCGGCGGCUCCUACAGAAGCCAAGGAUGAUGGCAACAAGUAGCAAGUUUGAAUGAAGUGGAAAUGGUGAUAUGGUUUGUUUAUUUGUGUGAUAAGUUGCAGUUUGUGAAGGUUGUCUGUGUAUGUCUGAUGUUGGAUUGUUUGCCUGCAUAUGUUAGAUAAUACUACUAGUGUCAUGCACACACAAGAAGAUUUCCCUUUUUCUCUUUUCUUUUCCCAUUUUUUUGAUAUAUUCAUUUGUUGGUUUGUGUAUUUAUGUGAUGAUGCAAGAAGAAGAUAUUCAAUUUAUUGGUGUAUUGGUGUAAAUACAUUUCAGUAUUGAGUGUUUUCAGUUUUA